AUGGAGACACAAAACGAUAAAAGUAAAAAUCAAGAAAACACGGGGACUGAGCGGAGCUCUUCAUCGUGCGACGACGAUCCAGAACCUGAAGCAAAUGUUAAACGCAAGAGACAGUUCCAAUGUGAACAGUGUGACUUUUCUUCGCUACGGGUAUGGCACCUCACACAACACAUCCGAGUCAAACACACCGGUGAGAAACCGUUUAUGUGCGACCAGUGCGAUUAUUCGACGGGAAACAAGUACGCUCUCAAAAAGCACGUAAAGGUUACGCACCGCGGUGAGAGACCGUUUCAGUGUGAUCGUUGCGACUAUUCCACAUCGGAGAAGGCUAACUUAAAAACGCACAUUAUGGGCAAACACAGCGAUUACAGGCCAUACACCUGUACAUACUGCGACUUUUCCACAGCACGCAAACGAUGUUUAGUAAAUCAUGUGAACUCUCACACAGGCGAGAAGCCCUACAAGUGUGAGUUGUGCGCUUACUCCGCGUAUCAAAGGCAACAUUUAGUCCGGCACAUGGCUAAACACACUGGAGAGAAACCACACAAAUGUGAAAUCUGUGGUUAUUCUACUUCUCAGGCGAGUUAUCUCAAGACUCAUAUGGCCAGGCACCGUGGUGAGAAACCUUACAAAUGUAAACUCUGUGACUAUGCUGCGACACUCAAGUCUGGCCUAACGCGGCACAUGAUGUCCAUCCACACCGGUGAGAAACCGUACAACUGUGAUACGUGUGGUUUUGCUACAGGACGGCUAUCUAACCUGAAGCGACACAUCGCCACACAUACUAGCGAGAGGCCGUAUAAAUGUACAGUUUGUGACUACGCCGCGUCAUGGCCGGAUGAUUUGAACCGCCACAUGGUCGUACAUAGUAGCGAGAAGCCAUACAAAUGUGAACUCUGCGAUUACAGUGCAGCACGAAUACAGCAUUUAAAACAACACAUUGCCAGACACGCCGGUGAGAAGAACUACAAAUGCGAACUUUGCGAUUAUUCUGGACUCAUGUUGGUUGAUCUAAAACAGCAUAUGGUAGUGCAUAGUACUGAUAGACCAUACAAGUGCGAGCUGUGUGAUUAUUCUGGAGCCCGCAAAUCUGAUGUAAAGAUACACAUGAAAACUCACACCGGUGAAAAACCGCACAAAUGUCCGUUUUGUGAUUACGCUGCUGCGCAUGCGUCUCAGUUGACACAGCACGUGCGCAUCCAUAAAGGGGAAAAGCCGCACAAAUGUGAUUUCUGCGACUAUCGGACCCUACGAAAGACUCACCUGAGGCGGCACAUCCAAGCUAAACACACCGACGAGAAACCCCACAAGUGCGACAUCUGUGACUAUUCUACAGCAAUUAAGUCAUGUCUGAAGGAACAUAUGGAUAAUAUGCACUCUGGUAGGGAUAAACCGUUUCAUUGUGAACUUUGUGACUACUCUUCGCGACGCUUGUUCCACCUAAGGCAGCACAUAGCCACACACACCGGCGAAAAACCGUAUAAAUGUGAGCAAUGUGGCUACGCAGCGACACAGAUGACCCAUUUGAAGCGACACAUCACUGUCACUCAUGCGCCACUUGAUGACCAACAGGAAGAAACUUAA